AUGCGCGGAAUGUAUAAAUAAGCACACCAAAAAAAACUUGCGUCUUUCCAACAGUAACUUUGCAAAUUCCGUAAAAAAAAAACAAAUAAAAGAAAGAAAUUAAAUCCUAAAAGUUAAUAUGGGAUGACGAACAGGUAUGCAAAAACAGAAAAAUAAUAACAAAAAAUAAAGUAAGAAGGAAUCAAAGUAAGAAACAAACAAACAAAUUAAUAAAUAAAUAAAAUAAUAGAUCCAAAAAGCAAGUAGCUAGAAGCUAAAGAAAUAACAAACAAACAAACAAACAAUCAAUCAAUCAAAAAAAAUAAAAAAAGAAGAAAGAAAGAAAAUAAUAACAAUAAAGUAAAGAACAAAGAAGACAACUCCUAUCUUAGUCAUUUAAUAAUUUAAUUAAUCAAACAAUAAAUCAACCAAACAAUCGCGCAUUAAGUAGCCAAGAAAGAAAUCACAGCACAAGAAAAUAAACAAACAAACAAACUAACUAAAAAAAGAAAGAAGAAAAAGCAGCAUAAGCGAAAGACAUCCUAAUCUCACCCACUAAAAGGAAAAAAAAGGAAAACAAGUACAAAAUCAAGAAGAUAACUUCAGCAAGCAACUACUACCAAACAGAUGUAACAGAUGGAGGAUCAAGCAUACUAUUUAUAGCAUCCAUAGCAAACAUCAUAGCAAGGCAGUGCAACUCAAGGUGCCUCUUCUGCAAACUAUCAAUCUACUGGGAUGGCAGGAUAUCCUCAGAGUCAUUAGAUGUAACACAUCCCCUAUCAGAAUCCUCAUGCUCCUUAUCCAAAUCAUAUGACAGGUCCUAUUGAUUAUUCUGUGCAUCCUAGCAAUCCUCCUCCCACAGGUCCUUACCAUCCUUCUGCUUCUUCUCACUACCCCGGUCAGCUUCACCACGGAUACUCACAUCCUUCCGACCCAUAUAUGCAAUAAACCUAUUCACAAGGUCCUUACGACUAUGAUCCAACAGGCUAAAUUGGCGGACUAUAUUAUGGUACACCAAGCACCGUGCCUCUCUCAUCAGACCCAACAGGUUAAAUAGGCAGCAAUGGCUAACCUUUGCAAGGCCCAGGCCCUUAUGCAACUUAUCCAGGUUAGUUACCCCCACCAGGUCAUUACUAGCAAAAUCUUGGACUUGAUCCUAAUGCCUAAUAACCCUACGGAUAAUAUCAUCCCCAUCACUCCGCUCAUCAUCACCCAGGAGCUGCAUUCGGAACCGCUCCAGGACAACCAAUAGAUUAAAAUUACAUGGCAUUUGGACAACAAAGUUAGUAUCAUGGACCUCCAGGAAAUGGCUAUAUGCCUUUUGGUUAGCCUUUACCUAACGGAUAAUUGCACCACCACAAUCCAUAUGGUUUAAUCCAAAACCAAAACUAAAUAGGUAUAAUAGACUCCUCUAACUAAACUAGACCACCAUAGUCCUCAAUCGGAAAAGCAAGUAUAAAAAAUGAAGAACAAGCAAUGGAAAAUGAAUUACAAUUAAUCAAUUCUUUAGGUGAUUCUUAAAGUUAGCAAGAAGAUAAGAUUAAGUAAGGUGGAUCAAACUAUUUAAUACCUAGUUAAUAUGACUAACAACCUCCUUAUCCUUACUAUUUAAGCAAUCAGUCAUACGGAAUUCAAAAAAAAGAUGAUUUAAUGGGAUAAAAUCAAUAUUUCUAAGGAUAUCCAUAAUAUCCAACUGGUUAAUACCCUCCAGGUUCUUAAUAAAGCAUUCCAUCAUUAUAAAAUGCAGCAUCUUCAACAAGUAUAAAAGAUAAAGAGGAUCCUUCAAAGCGUUAGCCAAAUAGUCCAGGUAGAAGAAAAACAAUCAAAAAAGGUUCUCCAACCGGAAAUACUGAGCCUUCUUCACCUGCAUCUCCUAGAGGAAGAAAGAGAAAAAAUACUGCAAAAUUAGAUUAACCCUAGCCUGAGAGCACUUAAAACUUAAAUUAAGGAUUAAUUAAUUAGCAAUAACAACAACAAUUUGGUUUGCAUUUGGUCAAAGUCUCUAAUUAAGAUUAGCAAAAAAAUAUGGGAUACCCUGGAUAACCUUACUACUAACCAGUUAAUGCAUUAGGAAAAGUUAUGAUAGAUCCAAAUACCUAGCAUAUUAGCGGAAUCGAUUAGAAUUCAUUACAAAGACUAAAGGAAUUACCCACAGAUUUUAAUAUGAACGAAUUUACUGCUGUUUAUGACGAUCAAAAGCAGAUUGGAUCAAUUAGCAAAGAAGAAAGAAAGCAAAAGAUUAAAAAUUACUAGGACAAAAGAAAAAGAAGAUCUUGGUAAAAGAAAAUUUCUUAUGAUGUAAGAAAGAAAGUAGCAGAUGGUAGACUUAGAGUUAAAGGUAGAUUCGUCACCAAAAAGCAAGCCAUGGAGAUGUUAUCAAUUAAUGGCAAAGAAGAAGACUAUACUAUGGACUAACUAAAAGAAAUGCUUAAGCAAUAAGGUAUUUAAGCAAACGGUGGAGAAGAAGACUCAAAGAGUCCUACUCUACCUAAGAAGAAAAAUCAAAGCUAACCAGGAACAAUAGUAUCUCUAAAACCAGGUGAUGAUGAUGAGGAAGAAGGAUAUGGUAGCGGAGGUGAAGUACAUAGUGAAGAACUUCCACCCUCAGAAGUUUUGCCUAUCAUAAGAGGAAAAAGCUGUGAAGAUAUUCCUAAUAAGGAAGACUAUUUCCAAGGCUAAGGAGAAUUUAAUUAUCAAAACAUAGUGUAAGGUAGUUUAGCAAGCAAUAAUACAAGUAAUAAUAACAGUUUGAAUGAAAAGUAGCUUCAUUUAAAAUUAGAAUAAAAUUAAAUUGAAAGCAAAUAAUAACUUUAAUAAUUCUAGUAAUUAUAAAAUUAAUAAUCUUACAGCUCCAAAACAUAAUCAUAGUCUUAAUCACCUGUUAGAUCACCUAAAAAACAAAACGGUGGAUUUUAAAGCAAUAACACUGUCAAAUUUAUGGAAUAAAACCAAGGUCAUUAAAUUUAAAACGUAAAUUAAAUUGAAAAUAGUAAUAAUAACAAUAUAAAAAAUGUGAAUGGACAUUCAUCGUAUGCUGAUUUAUAAAAUGGUGAAUCUCCUUAACAUUCAUAGAAUAAUAUUCUUAGUUAAGAGAUGGCAGACUAAUUUGGAAAUCUAAACAUUAAGUCUCCAGAUCAAAAGUAAAAAAUAAUGUAAUAAAAAAAUAAUCCUUAAUUGCUAAAUCUAAACCAAACAGAAUAAUAAUUUUUCGGAAAUAAUCAGGCUAGCUAAAACUAUAAUUUAUACAACUAAUAAUAAUAUAAUGGAAAUAACACUGGUUAUCCCAUUCAUCAAUAGCAAUGA